AGCCUUACAGGAAAGGAGAGAGGAAGUGACAAUGAGAACCCUCAAAGGAGAAGUGAUGAUCAAUGUCCCUGCUCCUACUGCGUGGGGAAUGUUUAUGAAUAACGAGGUUGUUAGCAAAAUAAAUCCUCAGUUCCUUGCUGAAGCAGAGUAUCUCCAAGGAGAUGGGUCACCCGGAAGCUUGCGCCAUUUCAAGCUAGGACCUGCUUUGCGGGGUUUCGUUAAGGAAUCAACACAGAAGAUAGAGAAGGUUGAGAACGGGCGGUUGGUGAGUUACAGUCUGGUUGAUGGUGAGCUCAGGAACAUGUAUGAUCCAUACAAGAUCACCUUUACUUUCAUGCCAGAACCCGGCUAUGAGCAGAAAAAGUGCAAGGCUGAAUGGAAGGCAGAUUUUGAGCCGUUGAACCCUGAUGUGCCGCCGCCGGAGAAGGCCAGGGAGGCAGCUCUUGACUUCCUCCGCUCAUUGGAGAAGUUCCACUGCUCUGUGUAGACAUGAUAGCUUUCAAAGGCUCUGUUUCUCUCUGCUUAUCCACCAGUUGGGACUACCUAUGAGUUCUACUGUAUGCAGUUAGAGAAUGAAACUGAAAGAAUAAUAUAAUAUAUGUAGCGUUUGAAAAAUGUCUCAAAUCACUUUAACAAGUUU